UUAGGGAAACGGCGGUGGUGCCGGCAGCAAGCAGAGUAUCCCGCCUGCCGGCCACUGGGCAGUAGAGUAGGACCACGGAGAAAGUGUCGGUCAGAGUGGCGAAGAGUAUUGAUGAGUACCCUUAAGUGAAGAAGCCGCUGCUUCUGGCCGGAGGUAUUUAGCAGCACUACGCUGGUGCUGCUGCCUUCGCCGCUGCUACCCCGAAUGGCAGAUCUGGUGAAAUAUAUUCCAUGCCCCCACCGUCGCCGAGGGUGCAGGGACAGAUAAAGAUUUAAAUGGAAGAUGACUCAGUUAAUUGUGCAUUUAUACACCUUAAAAUUAGUUUAUUGACCUAUUUUUUUCAUCGUUUAGAAAAUUUUUUAUGAUAAGAUAACUCCUCCUCGACGGCCGCCGGCGCCGGCCGGAAAUUCCGCGGCUUCCCACGUAAAUCCCAGGACAUCGCCGUCGUCCUCUGGUCCGCCACCGUCAGCGGCCAGAGCGGAGAGGGAGCACACCGUCCAUGGGCCGCCGCCACUUGGGAUUUUUUUACAUAAUAUAUAUUUGUAUAAAUUUAUUACUAUUUUUCUUGUUAUAAUUAUUUGUUUCCUAAAUUGUCUCAAUCAAAUCUGGCUUUCGUUAAUUUCUUUCCCAUAAAUAGACGCUCCUCUUCAUUGCAACUGGACGUGCCUCCUCGAAGAUAAACCGACUCCUUAAACGCCAUAACAGGUCGCUUUCCCUUCCGCGCAUCAACUCCAAGCCAAGACGAAAAAAGCUUCUCUGUUGUUUCCUUCCUCUCCAAGUUUGCGCAGAGGUUGAUGAUGCACUCCUUGUCAUGGCUUCUCUUCCUGUGUCUAUGCUUCGGGAGCCAUGGCCUUCCUUGGCCCUUCUCUGCUCCGUCCUCCGCACAGCAAGGCGUGCCGAGCGAGCCCGUCGGGGGAGUGGCCGCGCAGUUCUCCGUGGAAAAUUUCGACGACCGGAGAGGGGUGAAGUUGGUGGAGGACGCGAGGAGGAAGCUCGCCGGCCCGAACACUUGCUGGCACAACGCGUACCGAAGCCUCUUCUCCAGCUGCGGAGAGAUCGUAUCCGACAAGGAGAAGCAGUCGAGAUUGGCGUGGAAGCUGAGCGAUUGCUUUCAGAUUGAUUCGGGCAGGUCAGCUCUUCCUUCGUGCGGCGAAGGGGCGGCCAUGGUGAAAUGCCUCAAGAAAUUGGACGAUUUGGAGCACAAAAUCUAUCUCGAGUUCUUCCUGGAGACCAAUUCCAUCUGCCACCAAUUGCAGACUGAUGCAUUCAAGCAUGAGACGGAGCGGCUGGUGAACGAGUUAUCGAGAUCAGCUCACUUUGCAGAGGAGAAGCUCGGAGCCAUAGAAGCAUCGUCGGAGAAACUGCUGCAAAAUGCGAACGACGUGCAGGACUCGCUGUCUUCGAUCGGCCUCCAGACGCACCAACUGGCGCAAUCGUCCAGCGCGGUGGCGGCGCAGAUCGACAGCGUGCUGCAGCACUCGCAGGCGAUCUUCGCACAGUCCAAGGAAAUCGCAGCCUCCCAGUCGGAGCUCAGAGGAGGGCAGCUCGAUAUGAAGGAGAAGCUCAUGGCCGGCAUCGCUGACUUGCAGGAUUCCUACAAGAGCCUGGACGAUGGAAUGCUGAGGCUGAGGGAGGAAACCAUCGAGAUCGAGAAGGAAAUACAGGUCGUCGGCGAUUCCAUGACCUCCAAGAUGCAGCAACUCCAAACCAAAGCCGACGAUAUUGGCGACGUCGCCGGCGCUUCCUUGGAGAAGCAGAGGCAGCUUCUGGACAGGCAGGCCAUGGCGCUCGAAGGCCUCGAUACCCUCGCAAAGUUCCAAUCACAAGCCAUGGAAGAAAGCAGGGGAACGCUGCGAAGCCUAGCAGAGCUCGGUCAUAAGCAGCAAGAGGAGUUGCUGCGAGGACAAGAACAGAUCCAAAGUGCUCAUGCUCGUCUGAUCAAGAACUCUCAAUCGAUAUUAGCAGCUCAGGAAGAAUUCGAAUCGAAGCAAGCCAACAUAUUUGCUGCACUAGACAAGCUCUUCGCGCUGCACAACGCGAUCUUAGUCGAGUCGCGAUCCAUCAAGGCUUUCUUCUUCUACUCCUGCACCAUCUUCCUUCUCCACAUGCUCACCAGCACCAAGCAGACUUACAGAAUCCGGGCACGCCUUUAUUUAGGUCUGUGUGCCACAUUCGUGAUCGAGGCUCUCAUAGUUAAGCAUGGCGAAGAUGACUUCAAUCAACAAUCUCGAAUCUUAUCGAAAGUGUUCCUGGCCAGAAGUUCCUUUCUAGUCAUUGCUACCACCCAAAUACUUCACUCCCUGAUCACUUACAGAGACUAUGAGAUUUUGAAUCAUCAGCUGCUGCAAACGUUGGUGGAGAAGGUUCGGAUCAUGGAACAGAAUGCAGAGUCGUCUUCAUGCUUGGAGAGUGAUGGUAUUAUCAGUACGAGCUGGUUAUCAUGGAUGCAUGAGGAAUUGCCCGAUGAUGAAGAUGAAAAACUUGAUCCUGAUUACUCGUUGCUCGAGGAAGUCGGAGAGAAUUCAGUGGUUUUGGUUCCAGACGACCGGAAGUACAACCUCCGGCCUCGCCUUCGGCAACGAUGAGAUGUGUUAUUUGAGUGUGUUUGAGUUCGUUCGAUCAAUGUGGAUUGAGUUGGGAAGGGUUUGUUUUAAUGAACAGUUUACCUCAAUUAAAAAACUAAAUAUGAAUCUUGCCAAAAAAAAAUACUCUUGUGAACUAGUUCGAGUUCAGAGAAUGGAUAAGCUUGUGAUA